AUGGCCACUAUCUCUAUCGAUGAACUGGACAAGCACGUCCGCACCUUCUACGAGGGAAGGGGCCCAGACCAAAAAAACGCGCAAUUAGUUUUGAAUCAGUUUCGCGAGAAUCCAGACUCUUGGAUUCUAGUGGAUAAGUUGCUAGAGUCUGCAAAUUAUCCACAAACUAAAUUUCUUGGACUCCAGGUUCUUGAUAACGUUAUUCAGACCCGAUGGAAGAUUUUACCCAAAGAGCAACGACAAGGAAUUCGAAAUUUCGUUGUUGGCUUCAUAAUCCAAGCCUCAUCUUCACCAGAAAGCUUGAAUCAACAAAGGAUUCUAAUCAACAAACUGAAUCUUGUGUUGGUAUCGAUAUUGAAGCAAGACUGGCCCCAUGACUGGCCUGAUUUCAUCAACGAAAUAAUCAGCUCAUGUCGGAGCAAUCUCUCCAUCUGCGAAAACAACAUGGCCAUUCUCCGGCUCCUUUCGGAGGAAGUGUUCGAUUUUUCGGCGGAGCAAAUGACGCAGUCUAAAACCAAAAAUCUUAAGACAACUAUGUGUCAGGAGUUUUCUUCCAUCUUUCAGCUUUGCUCUGAGGUUUUGCAGAUGGCUGAGCAGCCAAGUCUCAUCAAGGCAACUCUAGAAACGUUACUUCGCUUUUUAAACUGGAUUCCUCUAGGUUAUAUUUUUGAGACUCCAAUCAUUGAAACACUCCGCACACGGUUCCUAGAGCAACCCGAGUUUCGGAAUGUUACCAUGAAGUGUUUGACCGAAAUCGGAGGCCUUCAGGUUAACCAAUAUCAGUACGAUGAGAAAUUGGUUGAGAUGUUUACCAACGUUAUGACAACAGUUUCAAAGAUCGUUCCGUUGUCUACAGAUCUCCGCUACGUUUACCCAUCAAGUAAUAAUAGAGAUCAGGAAUUUAUUCAAAACCUGGCCUUGUUCAUUUGCAAUUUUUUCACCCCACAUCUCAAGCUUAUCGAAAAUUUACCUAACAAAGAUUACCUUACCCAUUCCCAUUUCUAUCUUAUCCGUAUUUCACAGAUUGAAGAUCGUGAGAUCUUUAAAAUCUGUCUUGAAUACUGGAACAAGCUUGUUCAAGAGCUUUAUGAAGAAAUGCAGUCCCUGCCAAUCACUGAUAUCAAUCCUCUUCUUAGUAUGGGACAGAUCGGUGCUGUGGGGCUAGCUAGCGGAGGCGGCGCUCUUCAUCCCAACCUACAUGCAAACUUUCCAUUGAGAAAGCAUAUGUAUACAGAUGUUCUAUCGAACUUGAGACAAGUCAUGAUCGAAAGAAUGGUUAGGCCAGAAGAGGUUUUAAUUGUAGAGAACGACGAAGGGGAAAUUGUUCGUGAAUUUGUCAAGGAAAGCGAUACCAUUCAGUUGUAUAAGGCAACCCGGGAAUGCCUAGUUUAUCUCACGCAUCUGGAUGUAGUGGAUACCGAGAAUAUUAUGUCUGAAAAAUUGGCCAAGCAAGUUGAUGGGACUGAAUGGUCAUGGCCCAAUUGCAACACCCUAUGCUGGGCCAUUGGGUCCAUCUCGGGUGCCAUGAAUGAAGAGACCGAAAAGAGAUUUCUGGUUACAGUCAUCAAAGAUCUUCUUGGCCUCACGGAGAUGAAGCGGGGAAAGGACAACAAGGCGGUGGUAGCCUCGAAUAUUAUGUAUAUUGUCGGACAAUACCCUCGGUUUCUCAAGGCGCACUGGAAGUUUUUGAAAACUGUGGUGAACAAACUUUUUGAGUUCAUGCACGAGACACAUGAGGGCGUCCAGGACAUGGCUUGUGACACGUUCAUCAAAAUUGCUCAAAAAUGUCGACGCCAUUUCGUAGCACUCCAGCCUGGAGAGAGCGAGCCUUUUAUCGAAGAGAUUGUGCGAACUAUGCAAACAAUUACGCGUGACCUAUCACCUCAACAAGUUCACACAUUUUACGAGGCGUGCGGUUAUAUGAUCAGCGCACAAGGACAGUCUAGCAUUCAAGAACGCUUGAUUCAUGACUUGAUGGCUCUUCCGAACCAAGCUUGGGAUGCCAUCAUCCUGCAGGCGACCCAGGAUCCUAGUAUUCUAGAUAAUACUGAGACGGUAAAAAUAAUCGGUAAUAUCAUGAAAACAAAUGUGGCAGCCUGCACAUCGACUGGAAGUUAUUUCUAUCCUCAAAUUGGUCGCAUCUACAUGGAUAUGUUAUCUAUGUACCGUGCUGUUAGCCAAAUGGUCUCUGAAGGUGUUGCCAGAGAUGGUCCUAUUGCACCAAAAAAGCCUCGUAUUCGUGGUCUUCGUACUGUAAAGAAAGAAAUUCUGAAAUUGAUUGAGACUUACGUGCAGAAGGCGGACAAUCUCGAGAUGGUUAACGACAACAUAGUCCCACCGCUCCUGGAUGCGAUAUUGGUGGAUUAUAACCGUAACGUACCGGAUGCUCGAGAUGCGGAGGUAUUGAAUGUCAUGUCAACUAUAAUUAGCAAGUUGCACGGCUUGAUGGAGGACAAAAUUCCCAUUAUCAUGGAAAACGUAUUCGAGUGCACGCUCGAUAUGAUUAACAAGGACUUUUCAGAGUAUCCUGAACACAGAGUGGAGUUCUUCAAGCUCCUGAGAGCCAUCAAUUUAAAUUGUUUUCCUGCGUUACUUAAACUUGAUAAUCGCCAGUUCAAAUUCGUCAUCGAUGCUUGUCUAUGGGCAAGCAAGCACGAUAAUAGAGAGGUCGAAGCAGCCGGUCUGAACAUGUGCAUCGAGUUGAUCAAUAAUAUUGCCGAGACAGACCCUCAAACUGCGAGUGCAUUUUUCCAGCAAUUUUUCAUCCCUAUUUUGCAGGAUAUCUUCUUUGUUCUCACCGAUGCAGAUCACAAAGCUGGGUUCAAAUUACAAGCACUGUUAUUAUCAAGAAUGUUCUACUUCGUAGAUUCUGGAAAGGUUCAGACACCUCUUUACACACCGGAUCAGGCACCAGUAGGCACUACAAACUCACAAUUUUUGCGGGAAUAUGUGGCGGGGCUUCUCCGAAAUGCAUUCCCACAUCUUCAGCCAACCCAAGUGAAGAUUUUUGUAGAUGGCCUUUUCACCCUAAAUAACGACCUUCCAAAGUUUAAACUCAACCUCCGCGACUUCCUGAUCCAACUUAAGGAAUUCUCUGCAGGGGAUAAUACUGAAUUGUUUGCCGAGGACCGGGAAAUUGCUGCCGAAGAAGCACGACGGGCGGAAAGAGAAAAGGCAAUGAAAGUCGGUGGAUUGAUGAAGCCUAGCGAAAUGGAUGACGUUGAGUUGUGA